AUGUCUUCCGAAAAUAUUUUUCAUGAAACAAAAUGUUUACCGUCAAAUGUAUUAACACUAGUUGAUGAUAUGUUUUAUGAAUUUGUUGAACAGCGUCUUGGAGUAUAUCAAUCGCUGUUGUUAAAAAUACAGCAAAUCAAUUCGGUUCCUUUAUCAACAACAUCUAUUCCAAUCAACAUUGCACCAUCGUCUUCACCAUGUUCAACACCGCCCAUUACAACAGCUGUAACAGCACCACAGACACUGACUUCAACCCCACCGAUUACAACAUUUACAUCAACACAACAAACAAUAUCCACAUCGCCCUCUGAUCCAAUAUUGACAUCUACUGUUGAGCACAGAAGAUACUUCUUCAAUUUAUUGAAAAAAUGGUGUUUAGAUCACAAGGACGAGUGCAUGUCAGAUUCUUUUGACUUACAAGAAGGAAAAGAUUUUAUUUUAAAUGUUUUAUACGAUCAAAACAAUGAUCUUCAAGCUUCUAUCAAAUGUAACUGUAAUCGAUUAAUUAAGUUACCAAUAAACCAAGGAAAAAUACAGCUAUGUAAUUUUCAAAAACAUUUACGCUCUACAAGUUGUAGUCAUAUGCGAGCAAUAGUAAGCUUAAAUCAGCAGCAACGUAAAGUUCAUCUGCAAGAAUCCACAAAUACUUUAUCAUCAUCAACUUCAAUUACAUUAAAUGCAUUAUCAACAGCGGGACUACAAUGUGAUGCACCAUUUCCUGUUUCGAUUGGUCCUUCAUCAGUUACAAAUAUAUUUGCUGCACCUACACAAAACGCAUUGUCACAAAAGAAAACUCGUAAACGUAAUCAAUCAUUAUCUCAAUCAUCGUCACAUAAAAAAAAACUCGUACUUAAUCAUGUAUUUUGCGCUCUUUUUUUAAUUGUUUUAUAG